AUGGCCCCGAUUCUGCCUUUGGCCCCAUCCCCCCCAUCCAUGGCAACUCCUCCGGCCUCAACCUCACUCUGCUCCCCACACAGGCCAGUCCCAGAUAUCCCUCCCCUCCGACACGCUGCACUCAUCAAGCGCACCGCUGUCAAGCGACAGGUCAACAUCCAGAUUGUAUUUAUGUUCAUUGUCCUGCUAGCCCUCUCCUCCGGCUCCACCAUCGGCAGCAGCAUUUGCUCAUGGUUCUUUACGGACAAGCAAUGGUAUCUGCUUGAGACCACGUCCCUCUCCGGUCGGGCCACAGGUUUCAUCGAAGACAUCUUGACGUUUAUCAUUCUCUACAACAACCUGAUCCCCAUCUCCCUCAUCAUCACCAUGAAGGUUAUUAAGUUCCAAUAG